ACGAAUCCGAGUCAUCAGUUUUCUUGUGACUGUAUUCAAUGAGUCAACUCGAUUAAACCCCAGCUUUCUCAAAUAAACCCCAGAAUCUUCUACACUUGGGUUCCGCAUAACUUACCAGCUUCAGUUUUUCUCUUCUCUCACAAAACCCACUACAACACAAUGGCUCCUGAUGCUUCUCAUGCUCUUAAAGUGAGGCAAAGCGUUCAACUGUUUUUAAAUGCUGCUCAAACUGGGAAUCUUGCUCUUCUGAAGAGGAUAGCAGAGCAACUCGAUGAUCAGGGGAAAGGGAUGGCAACAACCGUGGCUGAUAUAAAAGAUGCCAACCAACGAGGGGCGCUACAUUUUGCAGCUAGAGAGGGUAAGACUGAUGUGUGCAAGUAUUUGUUGGAGGAAUUGAAGCUUGAUGUUAAUACACAAGAUGAAGAUGGUGAGACUCCUAUUCUUCAUGCUGCCCGUCAAGGACAUACUGAAACUGUCAAAUAUCUGUUUGAGCAUGGUGCCAAUCCUGCCAUACCUAGUAACUUAGGGGCUACUGCUUUGCAUCAUUCUGCUGGAAUAGGAAAUAUUGAAUUGCUGACGUAUUUACUCUCCAAAGGUGUUGAGGUUGAUUCACAAAGUGAUUCUGGUACUCCUUUAGUUUGGGCAGCUGGUCAUGCCCAGCAAGAGGCUGUGAAAGUUUUGUUAGAGCACCAUGCCAAUCCUAAUGCUGAAACUGAAGAUAACAUCACUCCACUGUUGUCGGCUGUAGCAGCUGGUUCACUAGCAUGCUUAGAAUUGUUAAUUAAGGCAGGUGCUAAUGUGAAUAUUAUUGCUGGUGGAGCAACCCCAUUGCACAUUGCUGCUGAUAUUGGGAGCACAGAAAUUAUAGAAUGCUUAUUGAAAGCUGGAGCUGAUCCUAAUGUCACUGAUGAGGAUGGCCAGAAGCCCAUACAAGUUGCAGCUGCAAGAGGCAAUCGUGGGGCUGUUGAGAUCCUUUUUCCCUUGACAUCAGCUGUUAACUCCAUCCCAGAAUGGACGGUUGAUGGUAUUCUUGAAUAUAUGCAGUCUGAAACUAGCAAACAGGAAGCAGCAAGAAACGUGAAGGAAGAUAGUUUACCAGAGAACGUAAAACCUAAGAAAGAUCUCCCUGAGGUGGGACCUGAAUUAAAGAAGAAAGCUGCCGAAGCAAAAUCUAGAGGAGACGAGGCUUUCAAGAGAAAGGAUUAUCACAUGGCUAUAGAUGCUUAUACACAGGCAGUGGAUCUGGAUCCUACUGAUGCUACGUUGCCCUCCAAUAGGAGUCUUUGUUGGCUUCGACUUGGACAAGCUGAGCAUGCCUUAGCUGAUGCAAAGACGUGCAGAGGAUUAAGACCAGACUGGCCAAAAGCUUGCUAUCGGGAGGGAGCUGCAUUGCGUUUAUUGGAGAAAUAUGAUGAAGCGGCCAAUGCUUUUUAUGAGGGUGUGACGCUUGCCCCUGAGAAUAGGGAGCUUGUUGAGGCUUUUAGGGAAGCUGUUGAAGCCGGGAAGAAGUUUCAUGGUACGGAUAAGAAGUAACAGCUUGUCCAAAGUAGAGAGACAAAGGGACCAAAAUGCCUUGUAUGUUAACGUUGUGCUGUUCUUCUACGACAUUCUCGUUACGAGGAACUAUGAGCUCACUGUUGUUUUAGAUGCCAUACCCUUAGAAAUGAAUCAAUCUUAGCUGCGCUGUACAUAGCAAGUUACAAUUACAUAUUGAAGAGGAUAUGAACAGUUUAUCGUCUUAAGUUUUGUCAGCAUCUCGUGUGAUUUUGAUAUAUUUUAUUUUUGCUUUUUCUUUUUCCAACUACUAAAUCUUGAAAUUUGGAUUUGAGGUUGCAUACUUUGUUGGGAAAGCUGGGUUUGCGAUUGUUAAUACUUAGUCCAGCUACUUCAGGGCUCAGACAUUGGAUUAUUGGGAACUUUCUUAAAAAGAUGUAUUUUGAUUUUGUUAAGAAAUA